AUGCUGCCUUUGUCAUUCCUCGCCAUUGGCGUGUUGGCCUAUGGUGUUUCGGCACAGACUGCUGCGUUCGAGAACACCACCUGGGGCGAUGUCGUGAACGGCCAGAUAUGGCCAAUUGCGUGGACAGAGGGUGACGGUCACCCUGUUUCGUUGUUCGUGGGUAAUGACACCUGGCAGUGGACUGUUUUCGCAAACCAUUCUGCCACUCCGGGAUACUUUGAAUGGACGGUCUCCGUUCCCGUUGCAGGACGAUAUCAUCUAGGCUUGGUCCAAAGCAAUCAAUUGUCGGUUUCCCCGUCGUUUGUCGUCGGAAUUCCAAUCCCACCAUCGCCAUCCACCACUUGGACCACUUCACCAAGCUGGGAGACAUUGCAUCCCACAGCCAACGCAACUCUUAUUUAUGCAACGUCCACUUAUUGGGAUAAUGGUUGUGGCUGCUCAAAGACCUCGAUUUCCAUUGUACCACAACCCACAGUCACUGCAACUUAUGAUGAGGCCUGUGGCUGCAUGAAGCCUACUGCGGUUCCGGCACACCCCGUGGCUCCAGUAUCAAACGGGACAUUACCAGCACCGAACAACCCUGGGACUAACGUCCCAUUAUCACCACCUGCACCUGCGGCUCCAACUGGUUCCAUGUACACUGGCAACGCAAAUAAGUUGAUAGGCUCGAGCUUUGGAGUGGUAGCGCUCGUAGCCGCUGCUCUUCUUGCAUAA